CGCAGGAUCUGAACGCACUCCACAACAUGGAUCAUCGGGUGUGUCUCGUGGUUCCCCUGCUGUUAGCCAUUGGUCACGUGCUCUCCGAGCCGCCAUCACAUGGAAGUUACAGCUUUGGUGGAGGCGGCCACGGCGGGUUAGGAGGUGGAUACAGCAGUGGCGGUUUCAAAGGAAUCAGCAGCGGGGGCCAUGGAGGUGGAUAUUCCAGCGGUGGAAGCCUGAAAGGAUACAGUCUUGGAGGAAGCAGCUACAGCAGUGGCGGUGGAUACAGCGGCGGUCACGGAGGCGGAUAUUCCAGUGGUGGAAGCCUGAAAGGAUACAGUCUUGGAAGCUUUGGAGGUGGUCACGGAGGAAGCAGUUACAGCAGUGGUGGAUUUGGUGGUGGUCACGGAGGAAGCAGCUACAUCAGUGGAGGAUUUGGAGGUGAUCACGGAGGAAGCAGUUACAGCAGUGGCGGAUUAGGUGGUCACGGAGGAAGCAGUUACAGCAGUGGCGGAUUUGGUGGUGGUCACGGAGGAAGCAGCUACAUCAGUGGCGGAUUAGGAGGUGGUCACGGAGGAAGUAGCUACAGCGGUGGAGGAUUAGGUGGUCACGGAGGUAGCAGCUACAUCAGUAGUGGAUUUGGAGGUGGUCAUGGAGGAAGCAGUUACAGCAGUGGCGGAUUUGGGGGUGGUCACGGAGGAAGCAGCUACAUCAGUGGCGGAUUCGGAGGUGGUCACGGUGGUAGCAGCUACAGCAGUGGUGGAUUAGGUGGUGGCCAUGGAGGAAGCAGCUACAUCAGUGGCGGAUUCGGAGGUGGUCACGGUGGAAGUAGUUACAGCAGUGGCGGAUUUGGAGGCGGUCAUGGAGGAAGCAGUUACAGCAUUGCAAGUUCUGGAGGAGGCCAUGGUGGAGGUGGAUAUUCCAGUGGGGAUCAUGGGCAUGACGACAUCGGUGGAUAUCCUUGAUACAGUGCUGCCAACAACUCAUCUAUUUAUUGCAAAGUUCUUCUCCUUCUUUUUCAUCUCCCCCUUCUCCCCCGCACUGGAAGGGCUGAGUCCGUGACAUCAUCAGUGGCACAUCUCUCCGAAGCACUAGACCAAUCCAAGGAAACGCGUUCUCCUGCCACCCUGCAGCUGCAUUUAAACAGCAGCAAUUCCAUGGACUUGCAGCAGGUGGCAGGGAACACAGGCUGUCCCACGAUGCAAUGACCACACUUCAGGAAAAUACAGUGCAAUCAUUUGAAACAGAAAAGUCCUACUAACAGUUCCGUCUCCCACCACACCGUUAUGAAGCUCACGCAGUAAAAACAGCAUAGGUAAAGUUGUCAGUGCCAAGCCAUGAAGACAUAUGAGGGGGUGAAGGUAUAGCUCCACCUUUCUUGACCUCGGCCCUAGAUGGAGAUGGUGGUCAGCUUCAUUCCCUGGCCACGCCGUCCCCAGUACCCACCGUAUAGGAGGCUGGGUGGGCCCCAGAGUCAGUGUAGA